UUUAGUCUUGUAUUAUUCAUGUAUAUAUUUUUUCACGUGUUCUUAAGUGACAUAUUAUAACAAUGAAUAUUCCAGAUGUAAAUAAAAUAAUAAAUAAAGAAACUGAAAUUUUAUUAUUAAUCAAUUUCGUAAAAAAUGAUGUUUGUGAUUUACCUAUUUGUGUACAAAAUAUAUUAAGUGGAAAAUACGAAGAUGUAAUAAAUAAUAAAUUAUUUUCAAAUCUAAUUCAAGAAUGUAGCAAUUAUGAUUCCGAGAUAAUACAUAAAAAUAUAGAAAAAACAGAUUUAUAUGAUUCUUGGCUUUGCACUGGUAUAGCUUCUUUAUUAUAUUUUAUUCAGUGCAAUUGGACAGGUCCACAAGUUGAAAAAAACAUUGAAUGGCAAAAUAUUAAAAAUGAAAAUAUAUUUAAAGAUUUAUCUUUAUAUGACGAAUGCAAUGCAAAUGUUAAAAUGUUAGACCUUCUUUAUCUUUCAAAAAUAAUAUUUUCCAAUGAUAUCUUACAAAAUAUUUACAAAAGUUGUAUAUGGUGGUUAUUUAGAGCAAAUUUUAUAAAUCAGCUAAUAUUAAAUGAAAGUUCUGGUAUGAUAUUUGAUGAAACUGAACAAUUAAUUGAUAAAAUCAAUAAUUUGCAACUCUUGCAAGAAAAUAUUCAUUGUGAAACAUUAUUUUAUAUUGAAGCUGCACAAUUUUAUUUUUAUUAUAGAAGAAUUCAUAAUUCAGAAAAAUAUAUUAAACUUGCUCAGGAAAAAGCAAAAUUAAGUUUAGAUUUGGAAGGUGCAUUGGGAAAACGUACAAAAUAUCAAAAAGAAAAGGCGCAAUUGUUUUUAAGAAUAAAUUUGGAAAAAAAACAAUUUUUUUUUAGAUGUUGUGAAAAUUUACCAAAAUCAUUGGAUUUAAAUGAUGAAAUUAGAUUAGAACAUAUUGAAUUUUCAGAAAAUAUAGCAAAUGUACAAAUAGGAGCUGUAGAAGAAACUAUAAUAUUAGCAAAAUAUAUUCAGUUGCAACUAUCACAACCAAAAGAUAAAUUAACAGAUGAAGAAAUAAUACCUUAUUUAACUGUUGUAAUAAAUAAUACAAGAAAUUGGUCUUUAAAAAUGGCAUCUCUUUAUAAUCGAUGUUCUUUGGAAUCUGGAGAUAAACGAACUGUUGAACGAUCAAUGAUGCAAAUAGAAUAUUUAAUACAUGAAUUAAAUAAAACAGAAGUUUCUGUUGCAAAUAGAAUGGACUUAUUUUUUGCUAGUGGUCUUAAGCCAAUUUGGGUUUUAGAACAAACGUAUGCACAAUUGAUGUUAAGUCUUGGAUUAGUAAAGGGAGCUUUAGAUGUUUUCUUGAAACUUAAACUUUGGGAAGAAGUUAUUGCUUGUUACAAUAUAAUAAAUCUGAAACAUAAAGCAAUAGAAAUUAUUCAUCAAGAAUUAUCUAAAAAGCCAUCAGUUCAAUUAUGGUGUUUAUUAGGUGAUGCAACUCAGGAUCCUAAUCAUUAUGAGACAGCAUGGAAAUUGUCUAAUGAAAAAAGUAGUAUAGUUCAAAGACAUUGGGGAUUUUUUUAUUUUAAAAAACAAAAUUACAAAGAAGCUAUACCACAUUUAAAAUUAUCAGUUGAAUUAAAUAAUAUUCAAGAACAUGUAUGGAUAAGACUUGGAUUUGCAGCCUUAGAAACAGAAGAUUGGAAAUUAGCAGUAACAGCAUAUAAACAUUAUUGUGCUUUAGAACAAACGACAUUUGAAGCAUGGAAUAAUUUGGCAAAAGCUUAUAUAAAAUUAGGUGAUAAAAUAAAAGCUUGGAAAUCUCUUCAAGAUGCUAUAAAAUGUAAUUAUGAUCAAUGGCAAAUUUGGGAUAAUUUAAUGAUAGUGAGCAUUGAUUUGCGACAUUUUUCAGAAGUAAUUCGAUGUUAUCACCGUAUUUUAGAUUUGAAAACUCAUCAUUUAGAUGUUCAAAUUCUUGAUAUACUUACUAAUGCUGUAUUAAAUAAUAUAAAUGAUUCAAAUGGAAUUUCUGCACAAAAAUUGCUUCCAAAAGUUUUAGAAUUAUUUGGAAGAAUUACUUCUUUUAUAUCUAAUAAUUCUGAUGUUUGGAAGAUGUAUGGACAACUUACUAUUUUAAAAAAGACAGAUAUUGAUAAUGAAAAGGCAAUACAAUAUUUACAACAAGCACAUCGUAUUGCUAUUUCAGAUUCAAAAUGGCUUUUACAAGAAGAAUCAGUUGAGAAAAUAUUACAAUUAUGUUGUAUAUUAGCAGAAAUAUAUUUACAAUAUGCUUCCAAUUGUGAAUUAAAAAAAAAAAAAACAUUAUUAGCAAGUGCAAAAUUAUCUCUUCAAGGAAUUGUAAAAAAAGUCAAAGAUCAAGAAUGGAAUAUUGAUAAGAUUUGUAUAUGUUUAAAUAGAGUUGAAAGAUAUUUAAAUACAAUAAUAAUAAAAUUAGAACAAAUAAAAUUGAAAAAUACAUGAAUAUUUUAUUAUAAUGAGCUGAUUUUUAAUUAAAAAACAUAAAAAUCCUACAAUUGUGUGCGAGCUCACGUACGUGCGUGUGUAUGUGUAUAAAAAAUAUUACAAAAAUAUAAUUUAAUAAUAUUCUUUAAGAUUCUAAUUAUUUAAAAAAUAUAUAUUGCAAAAAUAUGUUUUAUAUAUGUAUAUAAUCAAAUAUUAUAUUUAUAUUUAUUUCAAUAAAUUUUAUUUCAUUAUUUA